UAUUUUUCGGUGUACAGAAGUACUUUUCCCACAGCAUCACUCGAUUUGGAAUGCGUGUAACCGCAGAAAGUAUAAAGUAGUCGCGAUUAAAAACUGGAUUCAGAAUAUCCGUGAAUACAAGUCUUAACAGUGGUGUUGACCGAAUAUAUUAGAUGAAGCUCAACUUUCAGCUGCGUAAACAUCAAGUUUGAUUUUCAACUCAAUAUAAAAGGAAUUAGCAGAUGCUGUCCUUCUCAACUAUCUGACAAAACAUUGCUGAAAUGGGUAAGUUCUCAUUUGUACUGCUGAUAAUAGGAACACUAUUACUCGCUGCCAAAGCGCAGCGCAAUAGGUGCAACUCUCCAACGACUGCAUCCGGAUGGAAGGCCCCAAAAGGGCCGUACUGUAAAGAUCAACUAAUUUUCGAGGACAAUUUCAAAAAGCUAGACCGAACCGUUUGGGAGCACGAAAACACUGUCGGAGGUGGAGGUAACAACGAGUUUCAAUGGUACUCGGGAAACAGCCGCAAUUCGUACGUGAAAGAUGGCCGCUUCUACAUCAAACCCACAUUGACAGCUGAUGAGUUCGGGGAAGAAUUCCUCUCCUCUGGUGUCAUCAACUUGAACAGGGGUCCCAAAGAUCAGAGGUGCACUGAUGCUCCAGGUUGGGCAGAACAAAUCAACGGCUGCCAACGAACGGGUUCUGCCGCCAAUAUAUUAAAUCCGAUUCGUAGUGCGCGUGUCCGCACGGUGAACUCAUUCGCCUUCAAGUACGGCAAAGUAGAAAUCAAAGCUAAACUACCUUCCGGCGAUUGGAUCUGGCCUGCCUUAUGGAUGCUGCCGAAGGGCGAUCCCUAUGGAACCUGGCCAAAGUCCGGCGAGAUAGAUAUUAUGGAAUCACGUGGCAAUCAGCAUCUCACUCAAAACAAUGAAAACAUAGGAGCGAAGAAAAUAUCUUCUUGUCUACAUUUCGGGCCAAGUUCUGACUAUCGAAACUCGGAAUGCGGUAGCUCAACAGGAUCCACGUUCACAUCCGGCUUCAAUCGAUAUCAGCUUAACUGGACUCCGAAAAUAAUUCAGUUUGGACUCAACGAUAAGAUUUUCCGCACCGUUACGCCGUAUGAAGGUUUCUGGAAAUUGGGUGGAUUCAACUAUAAUCCUUGGCCUCAGGGCUCUAAAAUGGCCCCAUUCGAUAGGGAAUUCUUCCUGAUUAUGAACGUGGCGGUCGGAGGUAACUUUUUCCCCGAUAACGCCGUGAAUCCACAGCGGAAACCGUGGAGGCAGAACUCGGCUAGUCCGAUGACUGAAUUCUAUAGGGCCAAGAAUCAGUGGUUUAGUACAUGGGGCAGGGGCGAUGAUUCUGCCCUACAGGUGGAUUAUGUUAAGGUUUGGGCAGCGUAAGCCCUAUUAUGUAAUGUAAAUACGUUCUUGAAAAAUUAUAUAGCUGGGAUAUGUAGAAUAAAAAGGUUAUUGAGCAACCGACCCAA